AUGGAGUACACAGAAUGUAAUAAGAAAAUGGGUGGACCUUAUGCUGCCACUUGUUUUAAGAGGAAGUCAACGAGGUCUCCUCAUUUGGGACUCUGCAAGUACUCAUCGUGCAAAGGAUAUGAAAAACUUCUUGGCAGAAAGAAGGUCUCUUGGGUAAGGAAUGCAUGGGGCAAAGUCACUGAUAGCUGUGUUGCAAAGGCUCUGAAAGCAGGGUACUUGGACAAAACAUCGCCAUUUGAAGCGAGCUACAUCGCAAAACACGAUAGAUUGGGACCUAUGAUACUGAAGGAGCUGGAGUCAAAUGAAAUCUUGGCUGGAAUUUAA